GUCCAUUAUUAUAUAUAAGAGUAGGUUGUUAUCCUAUACAAUUUUUGUUCUAGCUAUAAAGCACCGUUUAUUUUGAAGACUCUAAGUGCAUCACUAGAAUCUCUUUUAGUUGACAGUGACAGAUAAACUACGGAAACAAUCUAGUUAUAGCAGCCAGCUCUCAUGAAUCAAACAUUCGACUGUGGUAACGGAAAUUUUUCAAUUGACAAUAUUAGCAGCGACAUGUCUGCAUCGGAGAUCAAUUUGAUCUACCAGUGUGGAAUUAGCCUUGGCAAAGUGUCCAAACUGACUGGGGCUAAGGCUCACUUAACAACUUGGGCAUUAUGGCUAGCUCUACUCAUUGGCCUAGUCACUGCUGUCGUACCUGAUUUCUCAAACGAUGUCGGAUUUAACCAGACGGCGCACCAACAGCUAUUCGUUUCGAACAGCACAGUUUACGUGAUCGGUGCUGCUAAUGUCACGAACGACAUAGCUAUAUUGAAUGACUCGGGGUUAGAUCUGGUGGUGAACUUAGAAGCGAUGUCUUACACCCAACGCACCGGUGGAAGCUAUAACCUGACUGUGGUACUUGCUAAACGCGGGGGCGAGGUAUCGUACUACCAGCACGCGAUAAUCGCACAAAAAGGGGUGUGGUGGACACAGUGGUACCCAGCAUCACUGUGUUUCUGAACAGGGAAGAGUAGCGCUGGAGGCCAGUACCAGUUGCUGUACGGUUACACGUACACAUGGUCGGUCAAGGCUUCUUUGGACUGGGACUUGAUCAAGGAUAUAUUAUCGAUUGGGAUCGGCGGUCUGGUAGAGAAAUCUAUUAGUAAGUCAUCGAC